UCAAAUCUAAAGUUCCAUCAUUCUACACAAUUACCAACCUGGAAAUCUCAUGUUAUCUUCGCUUUAAGCCGCUAUUUCACGAGGGAGAACAAUGGCCACUCCAUUUCUAUACUAUAAUUUAGCAAACAGCUAGCUUGUGGAGAAAAUAAGUGUUAGACAAUCAGGGCUUCCAAGAAACGUUUCUCAGAAUCUUUAAAAGAGAAAAAAAGUGAAAACUGACUCAAAGACAAGGAGCUUUGAAUCCUUUUUAUACAUAUACAUGAAGUGAUAGUACUAGUACUAUAUAUAUAGAAGGAGAAGACUAAGACUAAGACGAAGACGAAGACUAAGAAGAAGAAGGUUAAGUUUAAUUGUGAGUGAUCUGGUCGGGUGUACGUAGCAGGGAAAAAGAUAUGGCCCCAGUCGGAUUGCCUCCAGGUUUCAGGUUCCAUCCGACUGAUGAAGAGCUUGUCAAUUAUUAUCUCAAAAGGAAAAUUCACGGCCUCGAGAUUGAACUCGAUAUCAUUCCAGAAGUUGAUCUUUACAAAUGUGAGCCAUGGGAAUUAGCAGAGAAAUCAUUUUUCCCGAGCAGAGAUCCAGAGUGGUAUUUUUUUGGACCAAGGGACAGGAAGUACCCAAAUGGAUUCCGAACAAAUAGAGCAACAAGAGCAGGAUAUUGGAAGUCCACCGGGAAAGAUCGGAGGGUGAGUAGCCAAAAUCGAUCCAUUGGAAUGAAAAAAACAUUGGUAUACUAUCGAGGUCGAGCUCCUCAAGGAAUUAGGACCGAUUGGGUGAUGCAUGAGUAUCGUCUUGAUGAUAAAGAGUUCGAGGAGACUUCUGGGAUUCAGGUAGAUUCAUAUGCAUUAUGUCGAGUUUUCAAGAAAAAUGGUGUGUGCACCGAAGUAGAAGAUCAAGGGCAAUGUAGCGUAUCGUUGCUCGACUAUCCUCAGGGAGUCACGACCGAGUGCGAAACAAUGUCCCCGGACGUUCCCUUGGCAUCUUCGUCCACAAUUUGUAUGGAAGAAGAAGAGAAAGACGAGUCGUGGAUGCAGUUCAUUACAGAUGAUGUAUGGUGUUCAUCCAAUGGACCUUUUGGUGGUGAAGAGGUGUCUCAAAUGGGAUUUACAAACUGAUUAACAAUUAUUUGUGGGAUGAUUAAUUAGUAACAUAAUAAUUAACUUAUAAUUGAUGCAUAUGAUAACUUGAAGACGUUUCUUAAAUUUUUCUGGUUUUCAUUGUGCAAUCUGAUUAUAUGUAAUUGUAUUUAAUUU